CUGGUUUUCAAUGACGUAACAAGCCGUUAGUAAUCAACAAAUGUCAUUACGAUUUUCGAGUUUUAAAGCAACCAAGUUUAACUUAUUACCAGUCCUUCUCUAGCUGCAGUUUGAUCCUUACGAGUCGACUGCUCUACAUUUCUCACACUUAGAUGAUGUAGUGACUCAAUUUUUAUCAUUUUUCACUUAUUACUCCGGUUUAUCAAGUGGUUGUUAUAUUCGUCAUAUUUAUGCCCAAUAACUGAGGACAAAUAAACUGAACUAAAAAUUAGAAUAAAAGUGUUUUUGAGUGCAUAUUUAAGUGGUUGAAUAGGCUAGGAUGUACAGUAUUAAUAAACAACCAAAGUUUAAUGGGACUGAGUCGUUCUAAUUGGAUUUCAGGAAUAGUACAAUUGGUUUAACACGUAAAUAGACCGUUUUGUGAUUAAAUAAAAUUCAUAUUGACACUGUGACUUGGAACCUCUCGCAAUUGUACUGUAGUAAAUUCGUCCAUGACUACAUUAGAAUAGUCUAACCUGCGGUGUACUGAGAUAAAUUCGAUCUAUCCAGAGUGUUCAUAGAUAAAUAAACAGACAGAAAGACAGAUAAAACGACUGUCAGACAGAGAGAUAGAUAUGCUUGCAACCAAACAAAGUAAUGCUCAAGGGAUUUCGAAUCAGUUACACAACUGAGCACAAAAUUAACCAAUGGUACUAAAUUAAUUCACUUAAUAGUCAUAUGUCCAGUUAGAUAUCAUACUUCAAAAUUAGUGCAGCUAUGUUCAUUUAAAAUGUCUGUAUUCAAUAUCAUAGUGAUCUUACUUAACUGAAAAAUAUAAAAAUCAACUUAAUGUAUUUCAAUUAGUCUUUAAAAUCUUCAUUAAUAUUACUUUAAAGUAUCUUUGGGUAACGGAAUUAUCAAGCAAAACAACCAUUAAUACUUCUCUUUUUUCUGCUGUUUUUUCAGCAACAUCAAAUUUUAUUCACAAUCAUGUUUUAAAAAGUUGAGAAUUAUUUUACUCACUAACUGAGGUGGCUGGAACAUGUAUUACUCUUACAUGACCACCCACCUCAACGAGCGAAAUUUUCCGAUUCAAGAGUUGCUUGUAAGAAUGCUGGGAGUAACCAAGCCAAAAUAUUUGCAUCAUUACACGAAGCCGCUAACAGACGUGUUUGGUUAGGUUAAGAGGUUCAGAUCAUUUAGUUGAGUCAGCCCGACUGGAGAAACUGACUGACAUUAUAUUGCAUUGGGCAGUGUCCAAAUAACUGAUAUUGAUACACAGUCUGUUGCACGCUAACCCUCCAACUGAUUACUUGGGCGAGAACACACGAGUGAGCAAGAUAGUGUAUAGAGCUACCGAAUUAAAUCCCAAGUACUAACUCAUAUAUAUAUAAUAUAUAUAUAUAUAGCCCUCUAUCCUUAGAAACUUGACAUGUUUUUUUAGCCAAUGAAAUGCACUCACUUCUGAUUGGCUCUCUAUAUUACAUGUCUCAGGUUGGGGUUCGACUGUACAAAUGCACUCAUUCUUUUCAUCUGCCAGAUUUCGAGCAAUAAAUUUACCGCAUCUUUUUCUAUUUCAUCGAUUUAUUCUCUCUUCACACAUCAUGCUGUCUAUUCCUAAACUCUUCUACUAUUACUGACCGAUUCUUACUUUUACUUUUAUGGAUUUGUCUUGGCAAUUUUAUCAUUCUGUGAAAAUGUUAGAAAACUUAUGUCAAUACACGUCUAUGCAAGAUUCUGUAUCUGAUCAACCAAGUGACAAUCGAAAAUAGGCUUCUGUUAGCUGUUUACGUUAGGGUUCGCUGCUAAAUUCCUUACAUAGUUAUGGUAGCAAAUUACCAUGCAAAAAGCUCGUGAGUUAAUUUUCUCUUGCAGCUCAGUCAAUCCCGGUACUCACUCUUUUCGAAAUAAACUUUUGAUAUUUAAUUUUCCAGGUUUUCAUUUCCACUACAUUGUUUCCUUUUUCUGUUCAUUUUUAAAAUUUAUCAUGUUACGCUAUCGAAGUAUGGUAAAUUUGGACAACGAAAACCUGUUGUUGGCUCUUAAUGAAUAAAUGUUUAGACUUCUAUAAGCAUAUAAGUACCUAUACAGACAAUUAUUCAGUGAUCCGAUUAUAUUCAUGCAAGCUAAUAGAUCACAUUAGGUUUAUCUGUACCAUCUUGCUAAGUGAUCCAAACUUUACUUUAAGAAGGUUCUAUUAUGAAACUAAAGUUGCAAAGAAGCUUCCAUAUCAAUAUAAGAACAAAUUACUCCAAUAAUGAUUUACUGUGCUUAAUAUGUUUAACUAUCAGGCUUCUAACGAUUAACUUACAUGUUCGGAACCCAUUUAUCCACUUCGAAUUUGGUAAAGAGCAAGGUGUGACACAAACUCCACCACACUUUGUCUCAAAAAGGUUUACUCCACCAAUCCUAGCAGUUGACUAAAUAAAUUCCUAGUCAGAUCUUAGCCAAAUUUAGAAACUCAAGAUUUCAAUUUGUAAUUUUUUUAUGCGUUGACGCUAAUAUUUACUUUCCAACGGUUAUUUGUUCAGGUAGAACAAUUAACUCAGUCAAUUAAAGAAGAACACGACAAAUUUAGAUAUGAAGCUGAUGCAAAACGGUUGUUAAUAUCGGAAAUUAAUGCAAUGAGAAUGCAGUUUGAUGAAAGUGAAGGGGUAUCUAGGCAAAUACAAAGUAAAACUAACCGACAAGAUGAUCCAGUCUUGUUGAAAAUCGCACUAGAGCAAGCAAGAAAAGCUCAGUCAGCUUCUGAAUUUGAAGUGGUUCGACUGAAAGCUGAAUACGUGAAUGUUAUGCCUAAAAGUCGGUAUGAUGCCUUAUUUGAAGAAAAUAAUAAAAUAAAAAACGAUUAUGACAUGAAGAUUAAAGAAAAUGAGGAAUUAAAUGAAUCUUUGGAACUUCUAAAAAAUCAAUUAAAUGAAGUUAUGAAACAACGUGAUCAAUCAGAAAUAACAGUUCAACAGUUACAAAGAGUAUCAACACCGAGACCGGAAUGGAAUGAAGUUGGACGCAAAUUACCUGGAGGUUUAACUCGAUGGUUGGAAGAAACUGCGUCAAUGUCAUCUCAAGAGAAAAUGCAUUUCCUUGUCAAUCAGGUGACAGCACGAAAUUCUGAAAACAUCAAAUUCAAUUUAAAUGCAUACAUAAAGGAAGAACUGAAUUUUGUUCCAUCAUUUUUACAAACGACUGGAGCUGAUGUUAUAAUAUCCAGAUCAAUACAACUUCGAGAUUGUUUAUUAUUGACACAUGAAGUUUGGAAAGCUAGGAAGAAUGAAAAAGAUUCAUUGAAGGAACAUUCUGUAGAACGAAGACGAUCACUUGCAUCGAGACGACUUUCGCAGAUGAAAAUUCAAUCAAAAUUACCGACAAUUGUUCAAAAUGUAUCAAAAGCAUUUGAUGAAUUUCUAUGUAAUUUCUUUAAACAAAUUUAUGGUAUUGAACAAAUACGUAUUGAAUGGGUAUAUGGUUUUUAUGAAAUGUUAAUCAAAGAAAAUAAUAAUUAUAAACUUAAUGAAUUAAGAAUGAUUAUUGAAAAUAAGAUGGAUGAAGAAUGUCAUUGGCACUUGGAAUCAUGGAUACUAUUUAUUAAAGAACAAAUACUAAUAUUUAUUGAUAGCAGUAAUAAUAGUUCAGUCAUAAUGCCGACUACUGAAAACUCUGAAGAAAAACAAAAAGUAAUCUUAAAACAAACUUUACAUGAAGCGCUAUUAAAUAUAUUCAGUCAGCAAGAUUUAAACAACUUAAAUAUCAUAAUUGAAUCAGCUGAAGAGUAUGCAAGUUUACAAAUAAAAGACUCAUCUCCAAAAUCGUUAACAAAUAUGGAUGAAGGCGAAAGCAAAGAUAAUGACAAUAUACAAACUAAUUUACAGAAUAUGCUUGAUUUUAACAAAUUAUUCGAUAAUGUACAUGAUGAAGACUUCAAUCCAUUCUUAAAAGAAUUAAUUUCAAUAUAUAAACACUUAAAAGCAACAUUUGUCAAUGGAAUUGUCACCGAACUUCAGAAGUUAAACAGAUCAGAUGGAGUACAAUCCAACAACGUAACAUCAGUUCAAGUAAAGCAUGCGAUCGAAUGCAUAGCUCCAUCCACUGCUGUCACAUUGAAUGUAAGACCAAAAAGUGGGAAACCCAUCACAACACAACAGCAACAGUAUACACUAUCGAUUGAUAUCGAAUCAAGUUUAGAAUGGUUGUUUAAAAUUAAUCCAAAUGAUUCACCAUUACAAUCUAUACCUUUGAAUCAGUUAACAACACGUCUUGAAGGAUGCAAUCUGUUUUUUAGAAACUAG